CUUCCGUUUCUGAAACUAUGGAGAGAGGGCGGGAAGAGAGGGAACGAGAGUCACCGCCAAUAAUGCUUGUGCCAUUCUAAACUAACACGCUCUCCUCUUCUCCAACUCUCUCUAUUUACCGCCCCUUUGUUUUGUCUUCAUUGCCAUCUUUUCUACCUUCCUCUUCCGAGAACAGCAUUCUUCUCUACCCAUAGCAUUUAAUAUUAUUCUAUAAAGAGUAUCGACUGCAUCAGAAACCAACAAGGAAUGUGUUUUGGGCUGAUAUGGGGUCUCCUUCUGCUCAUUGGGUUUUGCAUUUAAUGCUAUUGUUUUGUUAGUAUCACAUGUUGGUUAUCUACACACACAAGUAGGGGGUUAAAUUAACACACUUCAACAAGCCCUGCUCUGCUCUUCAAAUGGAGAGGCUCCAACCACCCGUUAAUCCUUGUUUUUAUGGUGAAUGUUCGGACAGAGUUUCUUCGGAACAAGAAUUCACAAGCUUGGGAUUUGAAGAAUUAGAAGAUAAGAUCCCAUUCCUUCAGAAGCUGCAGAAUGUGGAAUCGCAGUCAUUCAAGCAGCCUAACUUUCAAAACUUGGUGAAGCUGCAGCACUUCAACAAGCCAGGGGAAAAGGGAGUUGGUAAAAUUCAAGAGCUCGUACAGCUCUACUCUUCACCAAUUAACUCAGAAACGAAGGACCAAAAUGAACCUCCAAAUUCCAAGGAAACAAGAAAACGAAAGAGAUGGAAGGCAACAAAGAACAAGGAAGAAGUGGAGAGCCAAAGAAUGACCCAUAUUGCCGUCGAGCGCAACCGGAGACGCCAAAUGAACGACCAUCUCCACGUUAUCAAGUCCCUCAUACCCACCUCCUAUAUACAAAGGGGUGAUCAGGCAUCGAUAAUUGGGGGUGCAAUAGAGUUCGUGAAGGAAUUGGAGCAGCUACUCGAAGUCUUGGAAGCACAGAGGAAAGGAAGGAAAGGAGCGGACAGUGGGUGUAAGGGUGCGCAAUCAGAAGUGGGAAUGGGCUCAAAUGGAAGAAUAGGAGAAGGAGUUUGCGCAGAGAUGAAGUCAGAAGUGGGUGAGAUAGAGGUUACCAUGAUUCAAACCCAUGUAAGCUUGAAGAUAAGAUGCCCCAAAAGGCAAGGCCAAUUGUUGAAAGCCAUUGUUGGUUUGGAAGAUCUUAGGCUCAGUGUUUUGCAUCUCAACAUUACUACCUCACAAGCCACUGCCACCAUGCUUUACUCCUUCAAUCUAAAGAUAGAAGAUGAAUGUAAGCUAGGAUCAGCGGAGCAGAUUGCAGGAGCAGUUCAUCAAAUAUUCAGUUUCAUCAACGAUGGCAGUCAAGUCAAGUCAAUGAGGCGAAGGCAAAUUUCAGGCAGGACAGUGGCAGUCGCUGACUAUGGAAGGAAGGGGGGCCCCCUUUUCCUCCCCCCCUACUUCCCUUCCAAGAAAAAGGAAAGAAAAGAAGAAAGCAAAGAAGGAUGAGAGGUUGAGUUGGGUUUUGUGUGGGCACCUCGAAUGCAGUUGUUGUUGUUGUUGUUUAGUGUAGUGCAGAUGGGUUGGUCAGAAUGGCAGGAAAGAUGAUGUUUACUGCUUAAUACAGGUGUCUGUCGUCUCCCACUUCACGCAAAUUCAGAAAUGUUUUACAAAAUAAAUUAUAUUAAUACAACAGCAACACCUUUUUUUGGUGGUCGGCUUCCUUAAUAAUA